AUGCGCGCCUUCAUCGUCCUGUGCCUCGUGGCAGUCGCCUGCGCCGACAAGCUCGGCUACAACUACCAGCCCGUGGGUCACUCCAACUCCGGCCUGUCCUUCGCUCCUGGCAGCGGCAGCAUCGGCAGUGGUAGCAUCGGCGGUGGUAGCAUUGGAGGAGGACUCCAAGGACUAGGAGGAGGCCUAGGAGGUGGUCUAGGAGGCGGUCUAGGAGGCGGUCUAGGAGGCGGUCUAGGAGGCGGCAGCAACUUCGGCAGCCUGGACAGCGGUCUGGGCGGUGGCUCCAGUGGACUGUCUGGACUUGGUCUUGGCUCAUCCGGUCUGGGCUCCUCCGGUCUGGGCUCCUCCGGUCUGGGCUCCUCCGGUCUUGGCGGUGGCAUCAGUGGUCCCGUCAGCUACGAGGCUCCCGCUCCAUCUGCCGAGCUCAACAAGGAAUUCUUCACCUUCUCCGCCAACGAGGAGGACUUCGAUGAGCCCCAGGAAUUGGAACGCGUCUCCAGCUCUGUGAACAAGGGUCUGCGCGUCGUCUUCAUCAAGGGACCCGAGAACCGUGGCCUGGAGAACGCUGCCCUGGCCCUGGCCAAGCAGGCUGCCCAGCAGGAGACCGCCAUCUAUGUCCUCAACAAGCAGGCCGAUAUCGGAGAUCUGGCCAACAAGCUGAAUGCCAUCCGCAGCAACUCCAACAACAAGCCCGAGGUGCACUUCGUCAAGUACCGCACACCCGAGGACGCUGCCAACGCACAGCGCGCCAUUCAGUCGCAGUACGAUCAGUUGGGUGGAUCCUCCCAGGCCCAUGAUGGUGGUGUGGCCAACGCCCUGAACUUCGCCUCCGCUGGUCCAGUGCGUCAGGCUACUGCCCAGAUCCCCGAGAACUCGUACCUGCCCUCGUCGGUGCUGCGUCGCCUGCGCUUCCGUUACUAG